GGACCACUGGAGAUCAGUCUGGUAACGACAUCCGACGCGAGUGGACGCGACAAACAUUCCGGGAGUUUAGCGACGAAUCGAGUCGAAACAGUUGGUAGAAUAGUGUUUUUGUGCGUGUGAAACCCUACGGAUUGGCCAAUUACGGAAGAUUUAUCUUCGAUUGGUAGCAGUGUGAAAGAGUGUGACCGUGAUCUGUUGUAAAACGAAAAAAAAGCUAAUUGAAACAAAAGUGAACUUCGGUGUGGACCAAUUUGGAAGUGCUCGGCGUGAAUUGAAGAGGUGUAAUUAUCCAGCUGGGAAAAGUGUCUCGUGAUGCUGUUGAUGGCUCACGGAAAGAUGAAACUUGUUUGCAUUUUUGCGCUGCUGCUGGCGCUGGUUGCGAGUAGCUCCAGUUCAAGCAACGAAUCCCAAGACGGCGAUGCCGAUGUGAAACGGAUACGGAUAGAUCCGGCACUGCGAAAAGCACUGCUUCGGGCGUUGCGGCACCUCAAGGAACGCCAGGAGGAGGAAAGCGAACAGCUGAACGACUCCAACACCACUGAGGAAAACUUUGCCACCACAAUCCUGGACGAGAUCCUCGAGGAGAGCACAACCCGUGACCGGAAUACCGACAUCAAGUAUCACACGUUUUCGGCCGAUUCCGACAGUUCGUCGAACGGUGAGAAUGAGAUCAUUAAGACGAUCAUCAUCACCAAGCCCCGGACGACGCUGACUCCUCCGAAGGAAGACUUGCUGACCGUACCGGAUCCGAUCAAGGAACGCGAGAACGACGUGGACUCGAACCAAGUAGCUCGUAGCGUUUCUUCGGGAUCAACUAAUCAGCUCCAGGAAGAUGCCAAGGGUGUGAAGGUCUCAGUUGUAACGGCUGUGCCAAGCAUCAGUUCGACUUCACAAGUCACGCCGGCAGUUACUACCACAGUGAGGCCACCGACCACGACAAUCAAGCUUCCGACCCACAAUUCCGACGGUGAAAACAUCGAACGAGUCAAAAGCGAAGACGUCAAAAUCUACCAGGCACCGCUGGUGGCUGCCUUUACUGUGCAGCAAGAUCAACUAGGAAUUCCACGGAAUGUGAUUCCUCUGCUUCAGGGGCCACCCACGAAAAAUCCUGUCGAAUUUCGACCUUCCACUCCGGUGGCACCUACGUCGAGUUCUGCAGCACAGGUUCCUUCGGCACCUAACCAAACUAUGUCCGCUGCCACCGUUGCACCGAUUCCUCUUCACACCCAGGCACUCGAAGAGAAGACUCGCUUCUUGGAACAGCAGCUAAUCACUCUUCAGACCCAGCAACGCAUCCAGGAGCAGUUGCUCCGCUCGAAGAUCCUCCAAGAACAACAGGUCAUCCUUCAACAGCAGCAGCAACUGCAACAGCAACGGGUCCGGCUCGAGGAGGAAACCCGUGUCCGUUUGCAAAAGUUCGAAGAAGAACAGCGCCUUUUCCGUCAACAGCAGCAACAAUUCCAACAGCAACAGCAGCAGCUGAAAUUUCAACAACACCAUCAGCAACACCAACAACAGCAGCAGCAGCAACAACAACAACAACAGCCGCAGCAACAACAGCAAAAACAACAACAGCAACAGCAGCAACACCAACAACAACAGCAGCAACACCAACAACAACAGCAGCAACAACAACAACAACAACAACAACAACAACAACAACAACAACAGCAGCAGCAGCAGCAGCAACAGCUCUUCAAGCCAUUCCCAAAUCAGCAACUACCAAACAAUCUACCACCACCACAAUUCCAACAACUGCAGCUACAGCAGCAACAACUACAGCAGCAACAACUACAGCAGCAGCAACUACAGCAGCAGCAACUACAGCAACAGCAACUACAGCAACAGCAACUACAGCAGAAGCCAGUGCUACUGCCACAAUCGCAACAGCUCCAAUUCUUCCAGGAACUGCCUCGCAACACUCCGGCCAUCCAGUUCAUUCCAAGUGUGUCCCUGCCCACCAAAGCACUCCCGAUCUCGGUGGAACUACAGCUUCCGUUCAAGGAACCCGUUAACUUCCAGCCGAAUUAUCCUAGGAAUCCCGAUGUUGAGCAGAUCAAAUCCAUCAGUCCUCCGCUCCAACAGUUCCCAAUCAUUCCUCCCUCUCCACCGCAACUAUCCAAACAACAGCUACUUCCUCUGAAACCCUUCCAGUCGUUCAACGUCAACCCAGGGCUGGCGCCUCUAUCCGUCCAACAACAGGUUCCUUUCGAUCAGCAAAUCUCUCACCUCCAGCGCAACCGUGUCUUCCGCCACGACACCGGUACCGGCAACUUCGGUUUCAACCAGCAAUCCAACGUCCCAUUCCGUCCAUCGCAACCGAUUCCGAUCGUCCAGCAGACCGGUGGCUUCCAACCGCUCCGCAACGACAAUCAGCUCCAGAACCUCCUGGUCCAGUCUGGUAUCACGUCCCGUUCGGCGGAAGAUUUCAACAUCAUCACCAAGGUGCUGGCCUUGAAUCACGGUAUCCCACAGUCCUCGUCCCAACAAAUGUUCGCCAAGCUUAGCCCCGAACAACAGCAGCAGCUGCUGUUCCGGAAGAAGUAAGUCUGCUACUUCCACUGCUAACCUGUGUUUCCGAUCUUCCACCCUUCCCCGGAAUCCCACAUUCCACCACCUGUAAUAACACGCAUGGGUGCGAGUUCCGAAAGCGGAGCAUGAGUGAAAUGCGCGAGUGAGUGUGAGAGUCGCUAGUGACCUAGUCUGCCAUAUUUAUUGUGUGAGUGAGUGAAAGCGCGUUUCUUAGCACACACACACAUCCACCCACACAGUCUCCCACCAACAGCCUACCAUAUACGUCACAGCACCAGUUUCUCUGUUUAACCGCCUGUCCCUCCUUAAUACCUAGGUUUAAAGUUCUCCUCAAUUUCAACGUCCAUAUUUUACGUUUAAUCUCCAUAAUCGAGUUUAAGAGUAGCCACCCCCAAGUAAGUUAUUUUCUAAAGACAGAGAGGAAGAUUAACGUGAGCGGUCAGUGUAAUUUCCGAAAGAAAUUUGAUCAAAACAAACAAAAUAGCAGCGGAGUUUAGUGACAGGACUAUAGAGGUAACCCUGCCCUUGGCAAUCUAACAAAGCAAAUUAACACAAAUCAUACGGAUAGCCUGAUGAGUUGUGGAGCGACGAUGGAAUCGUGAAUAAUUCGCGAUUUUUCACGGCGUCGCACCGUGCAGCGAGGUGUACUAAUAAUAAUUUAUCGGAAAUAAAUGUCACAUUUUUUUUUAAA